AUGAAAUACACAUUUCUAGACCUCGUCAAGAAGAUAGAUGUUGUGCCCUACUAUUACAACCCAAAAGAGCACAAAUCGUUUAGAGACUCUGUUUACACGUUUGUUUCUCAUGAUGGGUCCUUCCGAUUGGGAUACAUGCUACCGAUGGUUGCCGAGGAGUUCAAGAAGCAUUUAGAUGUGGUAAAAGUGGACGAUAAGACUAGAGAAGUUUGCAUUAAGCCAUCUUUGAACACUCUAAGCGCCAGAAAUCAGGCAUUCAACAAGAUUGCCCGGAUCUGGCGUGAAAAAUGUGCGUUUGACCACCUGAAGGGCUGGAGAGAUGAGUUGUACACGAUCUACGACCCAGAUAAGAUGCCAUACAUGCGUUUGGAGAGGGCUUUCUGCCCGCUUCUCGGUGUUGUGAUGUACGGAUGUCAUAUUAAUGGAUAUGUCAUCGUACCAGGGACCGGAGAGUUGAAGUUAUGGGUGCCGAGAAGGUCUGCAACCAAGCCAACAUACCCAGGAAUGCUAGAUAAUACUGUUGCCGGCGGUAUGGGAUAUCCCCAUGGAUGUCUUGAGACAGUUGUCAAGGAAUGUUACGAGGAGGCAGGUCUUAAAGCUGGCUAUGUGACGGAUCACGUGACAUCGGUGGGUGUUAUUUCGUACUUUUACCAGUACAGCAAGGGGGAGUACGCGGGCGAGAAAGGGUUUGUUCAGCCUGAGAUUGAGUACAUCUAUGAUUUGAAGAUGGAUCCCGAUACGAUUCCCCAUCCGGUUGAUCAUGAAGCACAGGAUUUCACACUAAUGAGUGUAGAUGAGGUGGUGGAAAGAUUGAAGAACGGCGAGUUCAAGCACAAUUGUGCGGGAGUCAUUAUUGAUUUUUUCAUGAGGCACGGAUUGAUAACUCCGGAGGAUGAGCCUGACUAUGUUGAGAUUCAGAACCGGUUGCAUAGGAAGCUUCCAUUUCCAACCAGGUGA